UGAACUAAAAGAUUCCCUUUUUUCUUUUCGAAGUAUAUAUUAUUACUUAUUACUUAUUUAAUUUUCACACUUAUAGUCAACUUUCUCUCUUAUAAAUACACAUAUAUUAUUGUGCAUAUCUCUACCAUUAUAUCUCUCUCUCUUUCUCUCUGUCCCACAUCGGACGUAAUUAGUAUAUUAAUCUAUAUAAUAUAAAUGGGUAUAGAGCAUGAACUACUCCUCCCCCAAAACAUGCCCUUCCUGAACCCGAACAGGCGCCACGGCAUCCCACUGCGGCGGCGGAAGAAACUACCGCGUGUUAGGCUGGGCGGAAAGAGGCCGCGAAGGGUGGCUGUUUUGAUUGAGAAGCUGAGAAAGAUUAGAUUAAGGUGGCUGAAAAUUCAUUACAAGAGCAUUUUGAAGAAGCUUAAGGAAACCUACAAGAAUAUGAUUAAGGAUCUGGCCGAGGCCGGUGGCAGCCUAGAUACUUACCAGCGAAGGGUUUUUCUUGAGUCCUCUUUCGCUCUUCCGAUCAUGGGUGUUAGCACCUCAUCCUUCUCAACCUGUGUUUCUCCUCUUGGAUCUAACCGCUCUAGAACUCUUGUCAUGUAAUUUACAGUUUAAUUUGAUUUUGUUAAUUACAUAUUAUUAUAAUAAGUUUAUUUUUCCUUCAUUUUUUAAUUAUAUAUGUAUAUACUAUUAUAAUUAUAUUAAAAAUGCAUGUACAUAUAUAGAUCAUAUAUGCAUGUGCUUGCUUCUUGGGUGAGUAACAUUUGGGUAAGGUAUGUAUUUUU